AUGUGGUCCGGCACCCCCAAACUCUUCUUCGUCGCCGUUCUGGCCAUCAACUGCAUUCUCUGGUCUCACUCCCGCUACGCCCACUUCGGCACACGGCCAUCUUCGCUAUCAUCCAGCUAUUCCAAGCGAGCAAACCUCACACAGCCUCCUGCUCAGAUCUGUCUACCAAUAUCCCUCCCACCUUCCGAGCAAUGCACGCAUGUCAAAGAUGUGUGCGACAUGGAUCGUACCUUCCUCGAGAUUGGUUACCUCGAGGACUAUUUCUGCGCAGAGUCCGCCACUCGCCCCUUCAUCUUCGUCGGGUACGCUUUCUGGCUUGUCUUCCUCUUCUCCACCCUCGGCAUCUCCGCCUCCGACUUCUUCUGCCCCAACCUCGCAACCAUUGCCCAGCUCCUUGGUCUUGACGAGAACGUUGCCGGCGUCACCUUUCUCGCCUUCGGCAAUGGUAGCCCCGAUAUGUUCGCCACCUUCUCUGCCAUGCGCUCCAAUUCCGGAGGCCUCGCGAUUGGCGAACUGCUCGGAGCUGCCACUUUCAUCACUUCCUGCGUCGUUGGCUCUAUGUGCAUCAUCAAGCCCUUCAAGGUCAUGCGCGGACCCUUCCUACGCGACGUCGGCUUCUUUACUGUCGCGGUCACAUUACUCCUCGUCGUCCUCUGGGACAGCAAGCUCGAGGCAUGGGAGUCUGCAGGAAUGGUCGUGCUCUAUGCCGUGUACGUGCUCACUGUCGUGGUGGGCAGCUGGUGGAGAUCUCGGAGGCAAAGGCAGAAGGAGUACGAGGCGCUCAUGCGCAGCGAGUACGCGGAUGAGGAGCCGUAUCUCGACGACCAGCCGUACUUGGAUGAACCCGAUCUCCUGUCGCACUCUUCCAACUCGCUUGAACCGCCUUUCAUGCGUGCUCGCGCACACUCGCAUCCCGAACCCCCAAGGCUCGGCAUUCAGACCGACUUCCCCGCACGACCGCGAACGCGCUCCUCAUCACCCUCCCCGUCUCCGCCCCUCAACCACAUGCCGUCCUUCUCUUUGAUCGGCGCACUCGAAUUCCGCCGUGUCGUGUCCUCGCUCCAACGCGACGCCGCAUCCUCCACCCUAUCGCAUUUUGAGAGUCCACUCACGCCCUACACCUACCGACGGUCACGGCGUGGAACGACCUCCGGUGCUCGCACACCCCUCCGGACCCCUAUGAGCUUCACAGAACGCGACCCUUGGGAUGCUGCGCUGGGCGUCCCGCUUAAUGAACGUUCGCCGCCUCCGGUCAUCAGCGAACCUAUUGAAGAUGUGGCAACCUCUCCCCUCGCUAUGUCGAUACCCGCGAUAUCGCAUACUCCCGCAUCGCCCACUGCGUCUACGGAUGACGACACGGACACGGAGUCUCGAACCUUAGUGCUCCGCUCGCACCGCGAACGCGUGGUCGACACGCUAGGACACAUCCUCUACAUACUCUUUCCGACGCUGCACGGCUUCUGGGCGAAACCGCUACUCGGCAAGAUUGCUGCCGUGCUUGCCGCACCGGCCGUUCUCGCGCUCACAAUCACCCUCCCCGUCGUCGUGACGUCGUACGAGGCAGCCGCGGCUGCACACGAGAAGCGCUCGCACCACCAUGCAGCAAGUGCAAGCGAAAAUCGCUUGGUUGACUUCGAGGAGGAAGGCAUUGAGCGUGCGCUGAUCGCAGAGGAAGAGGUCGAGGAGGAGAUGCACGAGCUUGGGUUCAACAAAUGGCUCAUGGCCGUGCAGUGCUGCCUCGGGCCGCUGUUCUGCGCACUCGUCCUGUUGGACGACGUCGCACACGAGGGAUGGUUGCUGCUUGCCACCAGCGGCGCAGGCUUCGCCGCAGCGAUUCUCGUCAUGGUGUUCGCGGAUACGGGUCGGUCGCCCGCCUCCCAGCUCACGCGUUGCGCGAUGGGCUUCAUCGUCGCGGUCGUGUGGAUUAUGGCUAUCGCCGACGAGGUCGUGAAGGUGCUCCAGACCUUUGGCUUCAUCUUCGGCCUCUCGGACGCCAUCAUCGGCAUCACCAUCUUCGCGAUCGGGAACUCGCUCGCGGACCUCGUCGCAAACAUGUCCGUCGCCGUCUUCGCGCCCAUCAUGGGCUUCUCCGCCUGCUUCGGCGGCCCGAUGCUCAACAUCCUCCUCGGCGUCGGCAUCUCGGGCUCGAUCAUCGUGCGCGAGACUGGGGUCCCGUACCCGCUCCACUUCUCGCCCACGCUCGUCGUCACGGGCGUCGGCCUGCUCGCGAUCCUGCUCGCGACGCUCGUCUACGUCCCGCUGAACGGGUACUUCCUCCCGCGCGCGUGGGGCGUCGCGCUCCUCGUCGCGUACACGUGCAUCAUGGUCACGAACAUCGUCGUCGAGGUCAAGACGCUGUCGUCAUAG